UACACACAACACGCUUGGAGUCACUUGGAGUGUUUGUUGCUGUUGUCAAUAUUAUAAACAAUAUUGUUUUAUUAUUAAAUCAAAUAAAUUAAAUUAUUAUGGAUGAUGAAUCUGAGACUUAUAAAUUAUGGAGAAUCCGAAAAACAGUAAUGCAAUUGUGUCAUGACAGAGGAUACCUUGUAACCCAAGAUGAGUUGGAUCAAACUUUGGAACAAUUUAAAGAACAAUUUGGUGAUAAACCAAGUGAGAAAAGACCAGCAAGAAGUGAUUUAAUUGUUCUUGUAGCCCACAAUGAUGAUCCAACUGAUCAAUUGUUUGUAUUUUUUCCUGAUGACAUGAAAAUUGGAAUUAAAACAAUAAAAACUUACUGUCAACGUAUGCAAGAAGAAAAAAUCCAUAGAGCAAUAAUUGUGGUGCAACAAGGAAUGACAGUAUCAGCAAAAUCAUCUCUAGUUGACAUGGCACCAAAAUAUAUAUUAGAACAUUUUUUGGAAUCUGAAUUACUUAUUAAUAUAACUGAACAUGAAUUGGUACCAGAACAUAUUGUAUUAUCGUCUGAUGAAAAAGAAGAAUUAUUAAUGAGAUAUAAAUUAAAAGAAAAUUGUCUUAUGCGAAUACAAGCUGGUGAUCCAGUUGCACGUUAUUUUGGUCUUAAACGUGGACAAGUUGUCAAAAUAAUAAGAUCAUCUGAAACAGCUGGUCGUUAUAUUUCUUAUCGACUUGUUUGUUAAAUUUAUAAAUAUAAUAUACCUAAUUUAAUAAUGCCUAUAAUUUAAUUUUAAAUAAAAAAUAAAUUUUUUAAUUCAUCUUGACUAACUUA